UCCUACCUAAGACAGGUGUGUGAGGGUGGGGAGAGAGGAGGAGAAGGAAGAGCGAGGAGGAAGAUGAAUGUGCUGCUGUGUCGCUGGGAGCAGAACAACGUCACCAUGAAGCUGAUCUAUACGGAUUGGGCCAACCACUACCUAGCCAAGUCAGGACACAAGCGACUUAUCAAGGACCUGCAGACGGACGUCACAGACGGAGUGCUGCUGGCGGAGAUCAUACAGGUUGUCGCCAAUGAGAAGAUUGAAGACAUCAAUGGCUGCCCUAAGAGUCGUUCUCAGAUGAUUGAGAACAUUGAUGCCUGCCUCCGUUUCCUGGCAGCCAAAGGAGUCAACAUACAGGGCCUGUCUGCAGAGGAGAUCCGGAAUGGGAAUCUGAAGGCCAUUCUGGGGCUCUUCUUCAGCCUGUCUCGCUACAAGCAGCAGCAGGCCCACCGCCAUUACUCCCAGCCCCACCUUAACCCCCAGCCCCAGAGCCCUCAACCUCCCCUGAUCCAGCAGACCGGCGCCCCUGCCCAGCUCAGCAGCCACCCUGUCCCCCCUACGCAUGAGACUCCGGCCCCCACAGCACAAGCAACCCAGAAAACAGCACAGGCCGAGAUGCAGUCCAGACUUCCAGGCCCGAGUGCGAGGGUGUCCACUGCUGGCAGUGACAUCACACCUCGCGGGUCGGUUGGCGCCGCCGGCAACAGGCGAAGUCAGGGCUUCACAGACAAGACCAAACCAGCCGCUCACAAAGAACCCUCGGAGGGCAUGACUUCACAGACUCCGGUAAUGACUGAGCAUGCUCCGUCGUCCCCAGCGGCCGUCUGCACUUCCGCCAACAGCGCCUCUACCUCGGCUCCCAUCCCUCCAGUCUCCUCUACCUCGGCUCCCAUCCCUCCAGCCUCCUCCUCCUCCUCGGCCAUCCCCCACCCCAACUCCAGCAGCAAACCCUGGAGGAGUAAGUCUGUGAGCUCCAAGCACACCACCUCCUCAGCCAUGCUCUCUGUCAAGCAGGAGAAGGAUGCCUCCUCUAAGGCCUCCUCGUCCACCGAGCCCCCCCCUAAAGUCAUCCAACAGAAGUCUAUGCUGGAGAAGCUCAAGCUGUUUAACAGCAAAAGUGGAUCUAAGUCCUCGUCCUCCAGCACUCAGGGGGCUCAGGCGGACUGCGGUGCCCCCGCCCGGCAGCUCGGGGCUGGUGGAGUGGAGAGGGCAGAAGCAGGGUCCAACACAGACUCCCUGGAGGAGGAGGAGGGGAACGCCCGUCCUGGCGUCAACGGGACCGGUAACGGGACGAGCCACGGUGUGGCCGCAACCCAUGUCCCUACCGUCGCCACAACAACCAGCAGCCCCAAGAUCGCACUGAGGGGAAUCGCUCAGCGCACGUUCAGUAGAGCUCUGACCACUAAAAAGAGCUCAGUGAAAGGACUGGAGAAGGAGAAAGAGAAGGAGAGGGGGAAGGAGAAGGAAAGAGGGAAAGAGGCGGGGAAACACAUCUCCACCACAGAGAGGAUGGAACUCAGGGGGGAGGAGCCUAAGGAGGAAGCGACUACAAUUGUCGCAAUGGAAACGGAACCCUCUUCCAAUAAGAGGACUUCUAAAAUCGCCAGUUUCAUACCCAAAGGGAGCAAAGUGGCCAAGAAGGAGAGUUCUGUCCCUGCACACAGCGGCAUACCAAAGCCAGGGGGUAAAACCUCAGGGGUAGGGGGGAAGGCCCCCUCGGCAGGGGGGAAGGAGGGUGGGGAGCGUCCCCGGAGCAUGCGGUUGGGGGGGGGUCUGGUCCUGCACCGCGGACACCUGGACAAGGACAGGGACAGCAGACACUCUAGCUCCACCUCUAGUCUGGCUUCCACAGAGGGCAAGGCCUCACAACAGGGCAACAGCGCCACCCCGGUGGAAGGUGGAAGUGGUGGCGCCACACAGAGCACAGCCUGCAACACGGUCAGCGUCCAGCUACCUCAGCCCCAGCAGCACCACAGCCACCCCAAUACAGCCACCGUAGCACCCUUCAUGUACAGGUCACAAACGGACGUGGAUGGUAUCAUGGCGACAGAGGCAGGGUCAGGAGGAAUGGGCGGAGAAAACGUCCCCUUUAAAACCAGCCAGCCAUCCAUUGAGGACCUUUCAGCAGAAGAUCCAGAGACACGGCGGCUGCGGACUGUUAAAAACAUUGCAGAUUUGCGCCAGAACCUGGAAGAGACUAUGUCCAGUCUACGGGGGACUCAGAUCUCACACAGCACCUUGGAGACAACCUUUGACAGCAACGUCACCACGGAGAUCAGUGGUGGCGGCGGGAGUGGGCGGAGCAUCCUCAGCCUCACUUCCUCUCGGCCCUCCCUGUCGUCAUGGCGACUGGGCCAGUCCAGCCCUCGUCUGCAGGCGGGGGACGCCCCCUCCACGGGGAACGGUUACGGGGGUCGUGCCUUGGGAGGAGGGGGGCAGGGGGGGCGCUACUUGUACCCUGGCCCCCUGCGGAGACAGCUGGUGGGGCGGGGAGGUGCCCUCGGUAUGGAUCUGGGGGAGAGAGGGGAGGAUAUUGACCUGGAGGGCAUCGCCAUGGAGGUGACGGGCUACAUGAGUGACGGAGAUGUGCUGAGCAAGAACGCGGCGCGCCCUGAUGACGUCACGAGCGGCUACAUGACGGACGGCGGCCUGAGCCUGUACACGCGGCGACUCAACCGUCUACCUGACGGCAUGGCGGUGGUACGAGAGACCCUCCAACGCAACACCUCCACGGGCCAGGGAGACGCUGACAGCUGGGAUGACAGCAGCUCAGUGAGCAGUGGCGUCAGUGACACCGUCGACACGGAUGACAUCAACACCAGCUCCUCCAUCAGCUCCUACGCCAACACACCGGCCGCACAGCGCAAGGCCCUCAACGGACAGCCUGUAACGGAUGCUGAGAAGCACUCGGCCUCCACCACCCUGAACCCCGCCUGGUCAGGUGACGAGGUCAAGAGGUCAGACGGGUUGUCGGACAGUGAGGUCAGCAGGAUGGACCAGGGCUCCAAGUGGGCCCGCCGGAACCCCUCGGACGUGUCCGACGAGUCGGAUAAGGUGGGCUCGGGGCGGAGGACUCCCUCAAUGACACACACAGGGUCCUGGAAGGGGGGCAUGAGUGCUCAGGUGGGGGUGACCAGCCCCAGGACUAAAGCUACUGGAACAUCAGGGUCCGCUGUGAUGAAGACCCACAGUGCAGGCAAAACAGACGACGUCAAGGUGUCCGAGAAGGGCCGCCUCUCCCCUCGCUCCAACGGCCUCCGCCGCUCGCCCUCCGACGCCGGGCGCAGCAGUGACGACGAGGCCAAGAGAAACACACCCUCUUCCACCUCCGCUGCUGCCUCCGCCCGCACGUCCCACACACACGCCCUCACACACGCCCUGUCCGAACCCCACUCCCAGUCUCACACACUGACCUCCCGCACCCCCACCAGCACAUUUGGCUUCAAGAAGCAGAGUUCCGGGAUGGUUACUAUGGUUACCACCAGUGGCGCCACCAUCACGAGCGGGUCAGCUACUCUUGGGAAGAUGCCCAAGUCCGGGACAAGAUCCUUAGCCGUUGGGAUAAAGGUCGGAGGUCAAGAUGUGGGGUCCGGUCUAGGUCACCAUGACGACGGGUACCUCCAGGUGAGCACCCGCUCCACACUGCAGUACCGGAGCCUCCCAAGACCCAGCCGGUCCGGUGCCGCCGCGCGUAACGGAAACCGGUCGUCGACCAGCAGCAUCGAAGCAGCUGUGCUUUCCGUUACCACUCACAGUAAAAGCAGAGACAUGGGAAACACUGGGAAAAUGAAUGGAAGUGGGACUGGGGUCUCGCCAGCCAAUCAGACGGAUCGAGAGAAGGGCGUGUCAGAGGGCGUGGACAACCUGAGGGGAGGGGCUUCCACCGUACCUCUCACAGGGAGACAGCAGGUUGCCUCACCCACACUGCGCAGGUUGUUUGGUGGUAAGUCCAGUAAGCAGGUUCCGGUCACCACAGCAGAGAACAUGAAGAACUCAACGGUGAUCUCCAACCCUCACGCUACCCAUGCCGCUCUGGACUCCCCUGGGGGUGUAGGGGGGGAGAGUGAGGGCAGCAGCCCCCUGUACGGAGGACGAAACCUGAGCACGGGCCAUAACACGCUGGGUAGCGAACAGAGUGCGUCCAGCCCCGGCUCUGUCUACUCCUCCACAGGGCCCUCCAACAGCCUGACCUGGGGCACCACCAUGAGCACUGGCUCCUCUGCCCAGAGCAGGGAGGGUACCCUGGGUGGGCACAGCGGGCACGGUGGCGGGGCGGGAAGCCUGGGCUACCCCUCGGUCAGCAGCAUGCACACCAGCAGCGAGUCCAUCGACAUGAGCGUGAGCAGCGCUGGGCAUGGAGGAAGGGACAGCAGGGAGGACACCCUCUCAGCUCUGGGCAGGACCAGCAGCAUCAAGACGGGCAUGUCUGAGAGGUAUGCCCCAUCGCCCCAGCUGCGAGGUCAUGAGGAGGCUGCGCGCGAUUGGCUGCGCUCCCAUUCGCAGGGCGGGCUGCAAGACUCGACCAGUAACUCCCCCUUCUCACCUGGAUCCAGCCUCACCUCACCCUCCGGGACACGCUUCAACUUCGCACAGCUCUCGGGUAGCCCCACCACAGCUGCUCAGAUAAACCUGGCCAGCCUCCGGAACAACACUCUGACCAACCAGGACAUCACCUUUGACCCCUGUGGCGACACCCGCCUGAGGAACUCCUGCGUGUCAUUGGACGAGAAGACGCGCACCAUGAGCCGCUCUGGUUCCUUCAGAGAUGGCUUUGAGGAGGUUCACGGCUCCUCCCUGUCUCUGGUCUCCAGUACCUCCUCUAUCUACUCUACGACUGAAGAGAAAUCCCAGUCAGAGAUCCGUAAGCUGCGUCGAGAGCUGGAUGCCUCCCAGGAAAAAGUCUCGGCCCUGACAACACAGCUGAGUGCUAAUGCUCACCUGGUGGCAGCGUUUGAACAGAGCCUGGGUAACAUGACCAUCAGACUGAAGAGUCUGAGUAUGACCGCUGAGCACAAGGACUGUGAGCUGAACGAGCUGAGGAAGAACAUUGAGCUGCUGAAGAAGCAGAACAACGUGGCCCAGGCUGCCAUAAACGGAGUCAUCAACACACCUGAACUCACCUGCAAACAGAACAGGACAGGUUGUGGUAGUAAUGGCAGCCCCCUGCAGCAUCAGCAGCAGCAGCAGCCAGACCUACGGAUGAGGAGACAGCACUCGUCAGACAGCGUCAGCAGCAUUGCCAGUGCAACCAGCCACUCCAGUGUGGGAUCCAACAUGGACGCCGACGCUAAGAACAAGAAGAAGAACAAGAAGAACUGGUUGCGCAGCUCCUUCAAGCAGGCGUUCAGCAAGAAGAAGUCCCCUAAGUCUGCCUCGUCCCACUCUGACAUAGAGGAGAUGACGGACUCCUCACUCCCCUCCUCCCCUAAACUCCCCCACAAUGGGUCCACAACCUCCAGCCACAUGCUCAGGAACUCGCACUCCAACUCACUGCUGUCGGACUGUCUGGACGGUGAGGCAGAGACCGUGAUGCAGCUCCGCAGCGAGCUCAGGGAGAAGGAGAUGAAGCUGACGGACAUCCGCCUUGAGGCUCUCAGCUCGGCCCAUCAACUGGACCAGCUCAGAGAGGCCAUGAACCACAUGCAGGGGGAGAUAGAGAAACUGAAGGCAGAGAAUGACCGUCUGAAGCUGGAGAGUACGGGGAGCAGCAGAGCCCCCUCCCAGGCCUCCAUCUCCUCUUCGCCCCCUCACCAUACACACACCCUUGCACCAGGGCCUGGCCUGUCCCAGCACAGCAUCAACCUCACCGAGUCCACCAGCCUGGACAUGUUGUUGGAUGAUACAGUGGGAGAUGGAGUGAUGAGGAAAGAGGGACGACACGUGAAGAUAGUGGUCAGUCUGGACGAGGACCUCUCCCAGGAGGCCAGGGCUCGCCACUUCCUGAUUGGCUGUAUCGGUGUGAGUGGUAAAACCAAGUGGGACGUCUUGGACGGGGUAGUCCGUCGCCUCUUCAAGGAGUACAUCACCCAUGUGGACCCACUGAGCCAGCUGGGGCUGACCUGUGACAGUGUGGAGGGAUACAACAUUGGGGAUGUGCAUCGCCAUAGCAACACCGGCGUCUCUCACCCCCCCGAGCUGCUGCCCUGCGGCUACCUGGUUGGAGACAGCGACACCAUCAACAUCAGGCUCAAAGGUGUGAGCAGUGAGAGUGUGGACUGCCUGGUGUUUGACACCCUGAUCCCCAAGCCCAUGCUGCAGCGCUACGUGUCUCUGCUGAGGGAGCACCGCCGUGUCAUUCUCUCUGGCCCCAGCGGCACCGGUAAAACACACCUGGCCAACCGUCUGGCAAGACACCUGCUCCUGCAGGAGGGCCGACCCCUGACCCCUCACUCCGUCGUCACCUUCAACGUGGACCACAAGUCUAGCAAGGAAUUGCGUCAGUACCUGUCAGGCCUGGCUGAGCAGUGCAGCGGUGACAGACUAGAGGCAGAGAGCCCUCUAGUGGUCAUACUGGAUAAUCUGCACCACGUCUCGUCUCUGGGAGAGCUCUUCAACGGGGUGUUCAACUGCAAAUACCAAUGUUGUCCCUACAUCAUCGGUACUAUGAGCCAGGCCACAUCCUCCGCACCCAACCUACAACUCCACCACAACUUCAGAUGGGUGCUGUGUGCCAAUCACUUGGAGCCGGUGAAGGGCUUCCUGGGUCGCUACCUGAGGAGGAAGCUGAUUGAGACGGAGAUCGGCAGCCGCAAGCGCGUCCUGGAGCUGGUCAAGAUCAUCGACUGGAUCCCUCGCGUCUGGCACCACCUCAACCGCUUCCUAGAGGCACACAGCUCGUCUGACGUCACCAUCGGGCCACGCCUCUUCCUGUCGUGUCCCAUGGACGUGGCUGGCUCCAGGGUGUGGUUCACUGACCUCUGGAACUACUCCAUCAUCCCCUACAUGCUGGAGGCAGUCAGAGAGGGACUGCAGCUGUACGGCCGUAGGUCAGCGUGGGAGGACCCAGCACGCUGGGUGAUUGACAGCUACCCCUGGUUAGCCACGCCCACACCUGCUGAUUGGCCCCCGCUGCUGCAGCUCCGCCCAGAAGAUGUGGGCUUCGACGGUUACUCCGCCCCCAGGGAGGGCAUCAGGAAGGAGCCGUCGCAGAGUGACAGUGACGCAGACCCGCUGAUGAGUAUGCUAAUGAGGCUGAAGGAGGCAGCCUCUUCCUCCAGCCCUCAGAGAUACGACAGCGACUCUAAUACCAACAGUCACCAACAUGACAUCCUGGACUCAACACUAGAGUCAACAUUGUGAGCCGACGACUCCUCCUUCCCAAGAAGACAAAAAAAAAUGCAUUCAGUUAACGUUUUUAUGUUCAGCCAAUGCAACAUUUCUUUUGAAUGCGUUUUUCCAAGCUCACGCCACAAAAAUCAAGCCACUCUAAUUGUCAUAUCAGGAACACUACGGGUGCAGGCAACCCAGAACGAGAGGAGAACUGAACAACAACAAAAAAGGAGCGAAACAGAAAGCUGCUGUUGCUCUGUUCUAUUUUUGCACCGUCGUGGCCAACCGCUCUCCAGCUACUCCUCAUGUACCGUUUAGUCAAACAACUGACAGAAACCAGCGUUUUUACACUGUGUAUGGAGAAACAUCUCCAUCUUAGUUAUUUUCCUUAUCAGCAUCAGUACCGUGGUCUCCUUAUUUCAGAAAAGAAAGAGACUGCGUCGUGGAGCCAAAACCACCACAUCAACAAGCCAGGCUCCUCGCGGCUCUUCCCCAGCUGCAGUGCUCCAAACUGGGCUACAAAUUGAGCUACAGGCCCUCUCCUCUGGAGCAUGGUGCUGGAGGUGUCAUCUUCGUCAUCUCCACAGAGACCAAAUUCACUGGUUCCCGAUGCCCCCCAGUGACACACACACACACACAUAUCACCAUUCACCUGCCCCUACAUGUGACUCCUUUUGUCCCAAACGGGUCGCCGUAGCAUAAGCUUCUUCUCCAGAAGAAAAGUCUCUACUUUGGUGCUGGACUGAACUUUAAAAAGAUGCCUUACUUUUUUUGUAACAGACUAUGUGCAUAGGCUACUUUUUUUUAAUUUAGUCUUUUUGGCUGUGAACUUACAGGGCUUUAAAAGUCGACACUCUCUUUGCGUUGUGCCUCGGCAGGUGGGCUUGUAGAACUAUCCUCAUAUCAAACACCAAUGUCAUGUUGUUAAGAGGUUAUUAGGGCUUGAAUAGGGAAAGGGACUUGGGCUUUAAUGACAUGUCAUUCAUUGUAUUACUCCCAAUGCUGAGAAGUUUGUAAAAGUUUGGAUAUAACUUAUUAAGGAUGACCCCGUGAGAUAGAAAAGUACAUUUGGUUGGUGCUCAAAGUAAAGAAUAAUUUUGUAAUGGAUAUGGGGGGGGCGAUUAUUAAGGAAUUGUUUUGGUCUCUGUACCUCAUACACCCCUUUGCGCCUUUGCCGUGCUUGUCGUCUGUUUUGAUUAUGUGAUGUGUAAUGAUUGUCGUCGUCAUGACAAAAUGUCGAGUGAACAUGUAACAACGUGUAUAAUCCUGCUUUGUUUUCAAGUCAUUUUUUACUUGAGCUCAUGUUUUAAAGUCAUUUUUUACUUGAGCUCAUGUUUUAAAGUCAUUUUUUACUUGAGCUCAUGUUUUAAAGGUACAAAUGAGAGAGUACAAAAUGGGAGAAGUGAAAGAUUUAGAAUGGUUAUGGCUUCAGGUCGAAACAUAAUAGAUUUGUUUUCUUGGCUUCAGAAAUGUGUAUAUUGUCCCGUUUCCUUUAAACCUUCAU